CCUUUAUUGAGUUAAACCCAUUAGAAGAAACGAAAUGGGCGAAGUUGUGAAUCAUGCCUGCAUACAAAUUCUAUUUUUAGAAUCCCUUCUGAUAUCUCUAAGAAAAGUUGCUUUGUUUCAGAAAGAUGCUGUUCAAAGAUGUGUUCAAUUGAAAGAAGAGGGAAAUGAUCUAUUCAAGAAAGAGCAAUAUAAGGAAGCUGUUAAACUGUAUACAAAAGUGAUUGAAGAUGAAAAUGGAGUAGAACAGAAGUUAGCUUGUUUUAAGAACAGAGCUGCUUGCUAUUUAAAAUUAGAUAAAUAUGAGAAGGCUGUAAAAGAUUGCAAUGAAGCUUUAAAACUCCAAGGUAAUGACGCGAAAGCUCUAUUUCGACGAUGUCAAUCAUAUCUAGCUUUAGAGAAAUAUGAAGACUCUUACAAAGAUGCUAUGCUACUAUUAAAAGUUGAACCAAAGAAUUCAGCAAUUCAGCCUAUUCUCAGAAAGUUAAAUCCAAUCAUUCAAAAUAAGGUUGACGAACAAUUAUCAACUGAUAAUAAAAUAAAACAAAUGCUAACUUUGGCUUUUUCAACACCCAAAUCGGAUGAUUUGGAAAAGCAAAAACAAGCAUUAUCGAAUUUAAUUGUACUGAGCAGAGAAGAUUCUACUGGAAGUGUACUAUUGAGUUCAGGAAUAGUUGAAAAAUUGAAAAAUCUUAUUAAUCAAUCGACAGACGAUGAAGUUAAAUUAAGUUGUAUACGUGUUUUAGCUUGUUUAGUAAAAGAUUACCAGAAAAGGGCCGAUGAAAUCUUUAAAUGCUUUACAGCUAAAUUGUUAAUUAAUCUUAUAUCUCAUAAAAAUGAAGAUAUAUCGACGGCAGCAGCAUUUCUUACGCAAAAAAUUAUAACUUCUCUUAUUGAAUUAGAAAAAUGGAGGCAAGAAAAGGAAGAACACGACAAGAAAAAACAAGAGAACCCUACAAUUAAACCAUUUGGCCAUGUCUUUGAGAAAUUUGAUAUAAAUUACUUUGAAAAAGUUGAGGAAAUUUUAUUGGGUUUAAUGAACAUGAUAAAUAAUCACAAAAUUCCAGCUGUAUCACGGGACAAUGUCUUAGAGUUGUUUUCAAAAAUUAUAACUAGGAAGGAUAACUGCUUAGGGUGGACCAGAAAGUUUAUGGAAUUGGAUGGUUUACAAAAAUUGCUUGAAAUUAGUGGUAGUAUUCCAGACGAACCUAUCGUACCAUGUACAACCAACACAAGAAUGCAUACAACUCUUCUAAUGAGCAAAAUUUAUGAUGAUCUGUGGGGAGAAAGCGAAUUUGAUAUGUACAAGAAAAUUGCUGAUGAUUAUUUCACAGAUAUGUUUGGUGAUGAAAUCAUGGAAUCAAAAUUGCAAGCGUUACUUACUCUUGCUGCUCUUUUACAAGGUCCAUACGAAGUGGGAAAUCAUAUAUUAGGUAGAAAAGGAGUAAUUGAAUUGAUUUUAGCUCUUGCGGAUUCAUCUGAGACAAAGUGCAUCAAAGUUGCUGUUGAAGCUCUUGUUCAUUCCGCUUCAAAGAAGGAGAGAUGUAGUGGAGUUAUUGAACAAGCUGCUCCAAUUUUACGUAAAUUAUACGAACACAGAAAUGAGAAUAUUCGCGUAAGAGCUCUUGUGGGCCUGUGUAAAUUGUCUUCCUUUGGAGGAUCUGAUGCUAGCAUUAAAGCUUUCAGUGAUGGAUCUCAAUACGAAUUCGCCGAUGAAUGUCGAGGAUUUCUAAAAAAUCCCAGCAAAGAUGUUGACUUAAGGCGAUGGGCUGCAGAGGGAUUAGCAUUCUUAUCUCUUAACGCUGAUAUUAAAGAGGAUCUCAUUGAAGAUUCAGAGUGUAUUCAUUCUCUGAUUUCCCUUGCCAGAGUGCAAGAUAAAUCUUCUAUUUAUCCAAUAUCUCAAGUUUUCACAAAUUUGACAAAUGCUUUUGAUAAAAAAGAAAUAGAUAAGGAAUUGAUAGAAUUGGCUAAAUUUUCAAAGCAACAUGUUCCAGAAGAACAUGAAAAAGAUGGUGCUAAAUUUGUCUCAAAUAGAAUAAAGAAACUAGUUGAAUUUGGAAUAACAAAUGCUCUAGUUUCUCUAAGUUCCACCGAAAGUCAAGCGACAAGAGAAGCAAUAGCGCGAGUGUUCUUAGCGUGCACGGAGGAUAUCAAACAUAGAGGAUUAAUAGUUCAACAUGGCGGAGCAAAGGCUUUACUUAAUCUCCACAAAGAUAAUACGAAGCAAGGGAAAGUGAAAGCCGCUCAUUCCCUAGCAAAAAUUGCUAUAACUACUAACCCGGAAAUUGCUUUUCCUGGUCAGAGAAUGGUUGAAGUAGUUCGACCAUUAAUAUCUCUUCUCGGAAUAGAUAAUACAGCAUUAGAAAAUUUUGAGGCCUUAAUGGCACUAACUAAUCUAGCGAGCAUGAACGAUGACAGUAUUGUGAAGCGAAUUGUAUCUGAAAAAGGAUUAACAUAUAUUGAACAUUAUGUCUACGAAGAACACGAUAUGUUAAGAAGAGCUGCCGUAGAAUGCUUUUGCAAUUUAGUUCAGUAUGAAGACGUUGCGAAGAUUUUUCUAGGAGAAAAUGAUAGAGUAAAGUUAUUCCUUCUCUACUGUACCGAGGAGGAUGAAGCGUUGGUUAGAGCAGCAUCUGGUGCUCUAGCAGUGUUAACUUCUGAAGAGGAAAUAUGUAGGAGAGUUGUCUCGUGUACAGAGCAGUGGAUCGAAAUUCUUGGGCUUCUUGCAUCUCAUCCUAAACCUGAUAUUCAACAUAGAGGUCUAUUUAUUAUUCAAAAUCUAACGUCGUCUUCCAAAGAAACUUGCUCACGUGUAAUUGAAAGCGUUUUAUUCGAAGCCUUACAAGCAGUCUCUAGGAUAGAGGAACCAGAUAGAAAGAAUUCAAAAUUAUGUGCAAUGGAAGGAUUAAAAAACGCCAGAAAAUAUGGAUUAAUUCAAGCUAAUCCAGACUUGGACGAAGAUUAA